AUGGAUGAGCCCGGUCGUGUGGGCGGCCCGUUGAUCCGGCCCCUCAGCUACUACCUUCAAUCCCCUUCUCCGCAAGUGCACUUGCAGCCACCUGCCGAAUUUGCAUCAAGGGGGCGCUUUCUCCAUCAACCGCGAGUGCCCAGCUACAACCACAAUUCGACGGAGAAGUUGCUGCUGGAGGCCGACCUGCUCUUCAAUGAGCUGCAAUCCUCCUCGUCUCCGACAACCGCGACUCGACUCCUAACCAAGACUAGGGACCCGCUGCCCGACGCCGCCGCCGCCUCGGAGCCAGCAGCCACGACCAAGACGAAGGCGAGGAAGCCAGCAGAGGCCACCGUCACCUCCACCGCUGCCGCCCCCACCAAACGACGACGAGUGGAGCAAGGAGCGGAGGACGAGCGCUACGAACGAGUUGAGGUCUCCGAGCUCGAGCAAGCCUCGGCCGGGCAAAUAGCCGAGCCGAGCCGAGACAGCGACAGCGACAGCGACAAGAAGAAGAAGAAGACCAAGGAGCGCAAGAGCAGAGUUGCAGAGAAGAACACGAAAAAGGACGAAAAAGAGAAGGCCAAGGGGAAGCGAGCAAGAAGAUCGGCCGAUGAAGCGCGCCAAGAGGACGAAGAGGAGGGGGAGGAGGAUCAGCCCAAGAGGCGGCGUAGGAUUCGGCGGACGGAAGACAAGAAGGCCAGACAGGCGAGGCCCACCACCACCUCCUCAGACGGGCGUUGGAAGACGGGGAAAUACGUGUGCGCUGAACACUUUCGGGACAAGUGCGCCACGUGUAAGGAACGCACGCCCGUAUACCUCAAGUACGGCAUCACGUUCGCCGUGAACAAUGGCAGAAACUUUGUGUGUCUCCACCCGCGUCGCGAUUUCCCGAACGAGCCGUGCGGCGUCAGGUUCACGACGCAGCACGAGCUCGUCGAGCACCGACUCGCUCACGAGGCCUCAGAGCGACCGGGCGGUCUGGUGCGCCAGGAAGUGCUCGACAGGCGACUCGAGGUGUCGGCGGCCGUGGUGCAGCGAAUGAUGAAGGAGCUCGACGAGUCGCCGAGCAGUUCGAAGUCCAAGUCUCCGUCGGAGUCCACCGUACUCAUCGCGGCUCUCAUCGACGGCGAAUGCGCGCGACUCGGCUACGAAGAGAAGUGCAAGCCGUCGGCCGAGGUGGUGCACCAGCGGUACCGAUGGGCGCGGUACCGGCAGCUGAAGUUUGAUUCCGCGGAGGAGCUCCUCAGCGAGCACAUGAGGCUGCAGAGGCGCCUGCAGCUCAAAAUGAUGGAGACGCUCAUGCGCGAGGACAUUCCGAUGGCCGACCUGGACCAGGGCUGGGUGGUGGCCCGCAUCGCGCACCUGUGGGAUCAGGUCAAGGACCAGCGCCGCGGGAUCCCCUACACUAAGUCCACGAUCGUGGGCACCGUCUACAACUGGGCGCGGCGGACCUACUCCAAGCCCGUGCCGCCGAUCUUCCCACCGAUCAACAGACCCAAGAAGCGGAAGCGGAAAGCCAAGAAGCGGAGGAGGAAAGAGGAAAAGCGAAAGGAGGAGAAGAUGAACAAAAAGGAGGAAGAAGAGGAGGUGCAGAGCCAAUCAGACGACAGCUACAAUGGCAACGACAACGAAGACAGUGAAGACACCGCCGUCAACGACGACCCAGACAAUAAUAACAUCAAUUACGAUGAGGACACGGAGGACGAAGGACUUGCAACUGGCAUGGAGGUGAACGAGGCGGAAGAGGAGGGCGAGGAGGAGGAGGAGAAGAAGAAGCAGAACGAGAGUGCCACGAACAGCCGAAGCCGAGGGGGGGACGUGGGUGGGCGAGAGGCGGUGGCGGCGGUGGCGGCGGCGAGGUCGCCCCCAGCUCCUCCAUCGGCUGUCGGGAAGGCGAAGACGACGAACGCGCACGAGGGUCUCACCGGCCGAGAGCUCGUUCUUGCACGACGCCGGCACGUGAUGCAAACGCUGGACUUGCUUCUCGCCUCCCAACUUGACAAAUGA